GUCUUUAGUGACGCUAAUGGCCUUAAUAGCCAACAGCCAGGGCCAGGAUGCGACUGGCGUCAUCCGUGGAGAGAUCGUCGAUGGAUUGAUGGAUCGGACGAUAUUGUUAAGCUGAACCGUUAAACAGACCGGACAGAUCGACCGCACAGAGUUAAUAAAAUUUAGUACGAACAUUUCGUAGUUUUAGUCGAGGUAGUUAGUUAUGCUUGACGUAAUUUUUGUAUUAGUUCCAAGUUACUUUCUCGUCGGCAAGGCCCGUCUCUUCAUAUUAUCAGACGAGCUACCACUAGAAACGAUUAAUGGCUUUAUACAUACGACGUGAUUAAUAGUUUUGAGGUACCUGCAUAAACCUCCAUAAUUUGAUAAUUGCAGGCCAAGAUAAUACCAAAGUAUGGACUAUUACCUGCUAUGGAUUCAUCAUCUACUUUGCAAAUACUCAGUUACAUAUUGUGCUUCGAACCCGAUUUCUCAGCCAUUUUCGCAUGCUUUGGAGUAACGACCCGUGGCAGAUGUUAUUAUUGGUUUACUUGGACACUCUGGUUUGGUAAAGGGAGUUUCAUGGCCACGAUAGAUAUGAUCCGUAUGAAAUAAAGCACCCUUAAUCUGAAGACGCAUCUGCCCUGGCAGCUGGAGAAGCUUUUAUGUACCUAAACUACGAUAGAGCAAGAAACGAAGAAUUUCCUAUAUGAGGCAAAGAAGUUAAAUACAUAGCUCGAAAAUCUGGCCAAGAUGUUCAAACUCAUAGGUCAGAAGAUAUUGUGUAUCCUAUUUAGUAGGGAUGUCGUGGAAAUCCUCCCUGCCGGGUGUUGAGGGGCUAGCAAAAACUCAAAAGACAAAGACAAACUCCUCAUUUUGGAGGUCAGUUAAGUUCUCAAACGCUCGGUCACCAGGUUUUUCCACAUCUUUGGUCGAAGCUGUAGCCGUCACAUCGCCUUCCUCGGUGUUAGCUGCGCUCCUGAUGCCAUCGUCGUUUCUUUGCUGCGUUGCUGCGGCAUCCUCUGAAGAAUCCAAGCUAGUAUCGACGAUAAUUGCGCUUUUACCCAUGGCCACACGUCUCUUGGCGUGGCUUGCGUUUAGAAUCUUGAGAUACGUCGUAG